AUGGAAGGGUUAACAUGUGAGCCUCUUCAUGCGGAACAAACUGCGAACGAAACGCACAUCAAAGAGGAGAAGACAGAAGACACAAAAUGGCAGCAGGAUGGACAAGAAGACGAGCUACUCCAGGAAACAUACGAUGUAAACCUACCACACGGUUACCCAGGGAACAAUACUGGCAACACUGGGGAACAGAAAGCAGACACAAGACGGCAACAGGGCGUUCUAAUCAAGGAAAUUUGCGGAGUAAACUGUACUACUCCCGAGGAGGGAGUCUCACCACAUCUGCAUGUACAGGAAAAGGACGUUUCAAAUGCCGAAACCUUCGGUGUGAACUGUACGGGGUCUGAGGAGGAAAUUUUGCCACAAACAGCUGUACAGAGCCAUACCACACAGGAGGUUAGCCAUGUGGCAAAACAUACAUACAUUUGUUGGAAGUGUGGUUACCGGGCAGAACAAAGAGAUCUUAUAUUCAAACAUAUGAGAGAACAACAUACCGAGGGGAAAGCCUUCAAGUGUGACCAGUGCGACUAUUCUGCUGCACAGAAAUCUCAAGUUGACCAACACGCCAUGCUAAAACACUCUGGGGAGAAACCUUAUAAGUGUGGGAAGUGUGGGUUCAGAACGGCUAUAAAGAAAGGCCAGUUAGACAUACACGUCAUGACAAGACACACAGGCGAGAAGCCCUACAUGUGUGGGGAGUGUGGGUAUAGAACGGCUCAUAUGUCUGUCUUAUCCCAACAUAAGAGAAUACACACCGGUGAGAAACCCUACUUGUGCGAGGAGUGUGGCUACACAACUAAUAAAAGUUGGAACCUGACACUUCAUAAGAGAAAACAUGCCGGUGAGAAGCCUGCCAAUGUGACCUUCGAUUGGAGAAAACAUCGUCUAAACCAACGUUCUACCACAUAUAAGAAAACUGCUGAUGACAAAGCAUGUAAGCAAAUAGAUGAGUCGGUUUAG